ACCAAAAAGCAUGCUACUCAAUCACAACCAUCUCAGGUUCCUAAGUCUAUUAUAUUUGGACCAUUCUCUCCACCGGGUACAACUACAUCGAUGGUUGCACCUCCAUGUUCGAGUACUGCAAAAAGUGCGCAGCAAGCUAUAUGGAAAACACCACCUACUGGAUCAGCAUCAAAUUCACUCGAGGCAUCAACUAAAAAUAAAAUUCCACCUAAGAUUACUUCCAAGAUUUCAAUUCAACCUAAUAUCCCACCUUCAAAACCACUGAAAUACCCUUCUACUUCCUCCGGUCAGAUCCCACCUAAUAUGCCACCUCUUGUGCCGCCUUCUAGUCAUACUAAAACAUCAGCAAGAGAUUCUCAAUCACAACAAAAAAGUGUUCAAGAACCAAAGGAGAACUCAACAAAAUCGAAGUCCUUGCGGGAAUAUCCAGAUUGGCGCGAAAAUGUAGAUUUUGAUGACAAGGAAGAGGUUAUGACCAUUGGUAAGUUCACUUAGUACUGCUCCUAGUAUUCUUAUUCUGAUUUUAGCUAAGCAUUUCCCUUUGAUAACGAGACUGUUCAGAACAAGUUUGGUAGGGCCUUGAAAGAAAGCCAUGGGUGACUUUGCAGGUUUGCCUCAAUUAGUGCCUCAUAUAUACAGCUGAAUCUUAAUUAAUAGUUAUCUAGACCAUUACCACCUAGAAAUUCCUGAUUACUAUCUCUGUCACAAAAAAUAGGCCAUCAUACAUCCCAAAACAAUAAAUAACUCCUACCUAAGUCUAUAGCUAAUCUGAUCAUGGACCAGGCAAUACACCAAUACAAUGUAUUUCUGAAUGUAAAACCAAAAGAAUCUGAAAUGUUUAAACAGCCGCAACAGAGUAUUUCCGGCAACAGAUAAACAGCUGGUCAUAUUUUGUUUUCAGCUUUGGUGUACUCCCUUAUUGUAUGUUCAUUGCUAUUAUACUAAACUCUUUUUAUGCAGAUGCUAAGGGAAAUUAUGGAGUGGCGAGUGGUCCUAUUCAGGCAAUCGAUGUCUGGAGUAACAACGGCGUCAAGUACUUUGUUGAAUUCAAUGACUUAUGUCAACCGCUUAGGAAAGGUGGACAGAUCCUGGUCAAAUUCAUUGAUAGCCUUGCAAAGAUGGAGCCUUACUGUCCAGUUGGAGAAACAGAUUGGAAAGAUGUCGAUGGGGCUUUAAAAGGAAAAUUGAUAGACGAGAUAAAAGAUCGCUUUGUUAUUCCUGAUGGUUCGGUAUACGUCACGCAAAUUCUCAAGCGUGCCAAUAAAAGCUGGAAGCACUAUAAAUACUCUCUCAAGAAAGAUUACUACAAACCAGAGGAGAAAACAGAAGAACAGAUGGUUAGAGAAGCAGUGCCGCGACAUGGAAUUAGCGGUAAAGAGUGGGUAAAGUUAGUUAGAUAUUGGUAUUCAGAUAAAGGGAAAGUAAGUACCACGUUUUUAAUUGAAGUUUAAUUGAUCUUUGUUUAUUAUUUGAAAAAGAUAAUUAUUUUCUUAAUAAAUCUCUUUGGAUGUGAGUGCAGAAAUUGUCAGAAUGUGGAAAAGAAGCACGAGCCUCCCAAACUCAAUUCACAGAUCUGGUUCUA